AUGGUGGCUGCAAAGAGGGCAAGAGCGGCAACAAAAGCUGCCGCGAGCAGCAGCAGCAGCAGCGGCCCUUCUAAUGGGUCCUCGAAGGCGCAAGAGGUGACCGGCGAGAUUCCACUCGGCAAGCAUCUCGCCUCGACGGAGAAAAAAGUCCGAGACGGGGCAAUCCGAUCCCUGGCCUGCUUCCUCGAGCAGGCCGGCACCGAGCGCCUGGAUCAGGGCGAGAUGGCCAAGCUGUGGAAGGGCCUCUUCUACUGCUUCUGGAUGUCCGACAAGCCGCUGGUACAACAGGCACUUGCACAGGAGCUGGCAGACAUCCUCCUCAAGAUCCGCAUCGAUGCCAGCCCGUCGCCUUCUUCCUCCUCUUCCGCGGCGACGUCGUCUUCCACGCUUGCGCCCCUCGACUUCUUGGAAGGCUUUUUCGAUGCCAUGGUUCGCGAAUGGAUUGGCAUCGACAAGUGGCGGGUGCCCAAGUUCCUUCUCCUCUUUCGUCGAUUCGUCAAUGCCGCCUUUCGGUUCCUUGCGCGCGAAGGAUGGAACGGAGAAGGAGUCGAUCGGCUCAAUGCGAUGCUGCUCAAAGAGAAUGGUCCCCUGAACUCAAACAACCCCAAAGUGUCCAAAGGCGUCACUUUCCACCUCCUCGACGUCUACCUGGAGGAGCUCGACGGCGCGCUUCAGUCACCUGAGCCGCGACGAGAAGGGCAAGACGAUGAUGGGGCCGAGGCAGGCUUCUGCCCGACAAAGAGGCUGAUGGAACCCUUUGUCCACAUGGCGGCGUGCUGCUUUGACGCGGCGACAUACGAGCGCAUCAUGGAAAAAGUCUUUAACCCGCUGCUUGAAGACUGUCUUGUCCGGACCGCCGAGGUUCAGCUGCGAGAGGCCGAAGAGGAAGAGGAGGAGGAAGAGGAGCAAGGCCCGAAACGAAAGCGAGCGAGAAAAUUGGAUGAGGAAGAGGCAGAUGAAGAUAGCUCGGUGCAAUUCUUGGCCAUACUCAAGGCAACUCGGGGCGAUGCAUUGGACCUCAGAAAGGACAUCUUUGAGGCACUGUUUGAGGAAGCGAGCAAACCAGAGGCUAAUGGAGCUAGGCGAAAGAAGAUUUACGCCAUGUUCCGGCGCGAGGAAGAGCGGAUCGAAGAGGAAGAAGAAGAGGAAGAGGAAGAGGAAGAGGAAGGAGCAGAGGAGCAGGAUGAAGUGUAGCACUUGUACAAUUUCCUUCUUUUCAAUCUAGAUGAUUC